AUGUCUAAAAGUGGUGACCAUCACACGGUCCCAUUGUCGGUUUUGUUAAAGCGGGAGUUGGCCAAUGAGAAGAUCGAGAGGCCGGAAAUUUUGCACGGCCAGGCCAGUCAGAGCAAAAAGGGCGAGGAUUUUACGUUUGUCAAGACUGAAUGUCAACGGGUAUUGGGUGAUGGAGUCGCAACAUUUUCUGUAUUCGCGUUGUUUGAUGGCCAUAAUGGAUCCGCAGCUGCUAUAUAUUCCAAAGAGAAUCUAUUGAACAAUGUAUUAAGUGCUAUUCCUCCAGAUCUUAGCAGUGAUGAGUGGGUCUCGGCACUGCCUCGGGCUUUGGUGGCAGGGUUUGUGAAAACAGAUAAAGAUUUUCAGGAGAGAGCAAAAACUUCGGGAACAACUGUGACUUUUGUAAUAAUCGAAGGAUGGAUCAUAACAGUUGCAUCAGUUGGUGAUUCUCGUGCCGUACUUGAAUCUGCUGAGGGGGGUAUAUAUUACCUGUCAGCAGAUCAUAGACUUGAAUGCAGUGAAGAAGAGUUAAUUGGGCCAUUAAGAUGUUGGCCCGGUGGGCUUUGUCUUUCGCGAUCCAUUGGAGAUAUGGAUGUUGGGGAGUUCAUAGUUCCUGUACCUUAUGUAAAGCAAGUAAAGCUAUCAUCCACUGGUGGGAGGCUAAUAAUCUCAAGUGACGGUGUUUGGGACGCUUUAUCUGCCGAAACAGCUUUCGAGUGCUGUCGAGGAAUGCCAGCAGAUGCUGCAGCUUCAGAGAUUGUCAAAGAAGCUGUGCAGGUAAAAGGUCUUCGAGAUGACACAACAUGUAUUGUUGUGGAUAUACAGCCACCCGAGAAGCUGGACCCUCAAAAACCACCACAACCUCUCAAAAAACAAGGAAAACGAGUCUUUAAGGCCAUGUUUCGUAAAAAGAACUCAGAAUCAUCUUCUCAGGUUGACAAGGAAGAGUAUAGUGAACCUGAUUUGGUGGAGGAACUCUUUGAGGAAGGCUCGGCUUCUCUUUCAGAAAGGCUGGAUUCGAAGUACCCGAUCUGCAACAUGUUUAAACUGUUCAUGUGCGCAGUUUGCCAAGUGGAAAUAAAACCCGGUGAAGGAAUCUCUAUACACGCGGGCACUGCAGACCCCAGAAAAUUGCGGCCUUGGGAUGGUCCUUUCCUCUGCUCGAGCUGCCAAGAGAAAAGAGAAGCCAUGGAAGGAAAAAGACCUUCUGGAGCUGGUAGAUAUAAUAGUGACAGUGACUAA